AUGGUCAACACGUCGACUCCUUUUUUCCUUCUUGGAGCAUAUUUAGAUGUUGGAUUUGAAAUGAAUUACUUGUAUUUUACAAUACUUGCAAUGAUCUACACGUCAAUAGUUGUUUCUAACACGUGUGUGAUUGUUGUCAUCUGUAUGAACAGGAGUCUACAUGAACCUAUGUACCUGUUCCUGUGCAGCCUGUUUGUUAAUGAACUGUAUGGAUCCACAGCUUUGUUUCCAUUUCUACUGAUCCAAGUUCUCUCUGAUGUUCACACUGUUCCUCGUUCCCUCUGUUUCCUGCAGGUUUUCUGCAUCUACACUUAUGCUAACAUAGAAAUAUGUAACUUAGCUGUGAUGUCCUAUGACAGGUAUGUAGCCAUUUGUUGUCCUCUGCAGUAUAACAGACGUAUGACCACUCUCAGAGCCUUGGUUUUCAUCACUGUUGUAUGGUUGUACUCUUUCAUCAAGUUCUUAAUCACACUGUCUCUGAACCUGCGUCUGACGCUCUGUGGUAAUGUUAUUAACAAUGUGUGUUGUACUAACUACCUCAUUGUUAAACUAGCCUGUUCUGACAUCACAGUCAACAACAUCUAUGGUCUGUUUGGUAUCGUCCUCUCGGUUGUCAUUCCUCUGUUUCUCAUCCUCUUCUCCUACCUGAGGAUUUUUAAAGUCUGUUUCUCUGGUAGUAAACAGACCAGACAGAAGGCUCUCAGCACCUGCUCUCCUCAGCUGGUCUCACUCAUCAACUUCUCCUUUGGUUGCUUAUUUGAAAUUGUUCAGAGCAGGUUCGACAUGAGAGCUGUUCCCAAAACUCUGAAAAUCUUCCUCUCUGUGUAUUUCCUCAUCAUCCAGCCAAUUCUGAAUCCUUUGAUGUUUGGAUUACAGAUGAGCAAAAUAAAAAACGCCUGUCAACAUUUCUUCACGCAAAAUGAAGUGUCAGGAAUAAGAACAAAUCUGUAGAUUUUUAUUUGAUUGAAGCGCAAAUGUUUAAUUAGAUUACAUAAUUGAUUAAAUUAAUGGAGUUAUUUUAAUAUUUCAACAGGUCAAGGGAGGUUUUCUGCCAUUGAAACAGUAAGAGGUAACGGUUGUGUCUCGGUGUCUGUUGGAGGUGUGUGUACACAUUUAAACUAAGGAUGCACCGAAAUUAAAAUUGUUGGCCAAAACCAAAAACCAAACCACCGAAAGAAAUCAAUAUAAUAUAAAUACAAUAUAAAAAAAAAUAAAACAUUAAACUUGACCCAAUUGCUGGAUCAUUUCUCGUGCACGCUGCUUUAUUCCCAUAGUAAUGAUCAUUAUAACAUGGAUCAAGUACAGUCGUGACAAAGUGCAGCCGAAAGCUGAAAAUGAACUUUUGGGCAAUUCUUGGCCGAAUAUUUUUUUGGUGGCUGAAUAUUCAGUGCAUCCCCAAUUUAAACACCUACAUGUCAACAUGCCUAAUGGCCUGCUCAGAGGAGUGUUCUCUAUGCUGUGCCUCAACACAGAGCACCUGUGACUCCGACAGUUCACAGUUCAGACCUGUCUCUGUGUUAAACGAUGCUUUUCUUCUCCAGGUCAAAGACUUUUGUCAAACUAGGGAGUUUCUUCAUCCAUCUUCCAAGUGUCAAUAUUUAAUUCAAAAUUUAGUUGCCCUCCUAUGACACACUGAAAUAGCUUUUCACCCCUGUGUGGGGAGUGGGGAGAGCAGUUUUUGUCUUAAUACCACAACAUGGCCGCCCUUGUAGGUGGGCAUCGUGGUGGGCUGUGCUAAAUAUAACUACAAAACCAAUUAAAUUAAAAUGGGUCAAAGGGUGAAACAGGACUCACAAAGACGUCAACAGCUGCUACAUAGACUACAUAACGGCCUACAAAAAUGACUCAACUUCAUCAACAACAAUAGUUCCAUGCACUAGAAAGGUCUGACCAAAAGGUAGAUCACAAUCUCCCAAAAGAUCACAGGGCCUUACU